AUUUUACGUUAGGGUUUAUAGAAGUUGCUGCUUCAGCCGCUGGAGUACUAGUUCUUCAUAUUUGCUUCUGGAGGCGCUUCUGUGGAAAGGGGUUAAGGUUCAAACAUGAGUAAGCUCCAGAGUGAUGUCCUCAGAGAGGCUAUCUCUGUCAUAAUGAACGAAUCGAAGGAAAAAAACCGGAACUUUACUGAGACAAUCGAACUCCAGAUUGGACUGAAGAACUACGAUCCCCAGAAGGACAAGCGUUUCAGUGGUUCUGUGAAAUUGCCACACAUCCCUAGGCCUAAGAUGAAAGUUUGCAUGCUUGGAGAUGCUCAGCACGUCGAGGAGGCAGAGAAAAUAGGUUUGGACUACAUGGAUGUCGAAGGGUUGAAGAAGCUCAACAAGAACAAAAAAUUGGUGAAGAAACUAGCAAAGAAGUAUCAUGCCUUCUUAGCAUCAGAAGCUGUUAUCAAGCAGAUCCCUCGUCUUUUGGGCCCUGGUCUUAACAAGGCGGGCAAGUUUCCAACCCUUGUCACUCACCAAGAGUCUUUGGAGUCUAAAGUGAAUGAGACAAAGGCAAUGGUCAAGUUCCAGCUUAAGAAGGUUCUUUGCAUGGGAGUUGCUGUGGGAAAUGUCUCCAUGGAGGAGAAACAGAUCUUCCAAAACGUGCAGUUGAGUGUCAAUUUUCUUGUUUCACUCUUGAAGAAGAACUGGCAAAACGUGAGGUGCUUGUACCUGAAGACUACCAUGGGGAAGCCACAGCGCGUCUUUUAAAAAGUGUUCUCUCUUUUUUAUGGUGGAGUCUUGUAGGGUGAAGUUUUGCUAGGUUGAUACUUUGUGUUGUGACCGAAUUCUUUAAGGGCAUUUUUGGUUGGUGAGAAUGGAAAGGAGCACAAUUAUUUUAUUUGCCUGACUUUGAUGCAAAGAACAACCAUUUCAUUUGAAUGACUUUCUAUCAUUUUGAUGGAAUUGUCACUCCUUAUUGAGAAGAGAGGAAUGACAAUUCCAAUUUGCAUUUUAUUAAAUUUUCCAUGAUCGUCUUAUUUUUCCCAA